UGAAACUGGAUCAUGUCUGGCAAACAGUGUAGGCUGAGUGGCUGAAGGACGUCUGCAGUGUGUAUGCAUGUGAGUGUGUGUGUGUGUGUGAGGGUGUAAUCCGGCCGGCAUCCGCAGCAUGCAGAACGUCCCGGCAGAGUGUCAGGAGAAGCGUCAGACAGGAGGAACAGGCGAGACUGGGCCACGGCCAAGGGAAGCAGGGAAUGAAGAAGUUGAGGAGAAGAUGAAGGAGGAGAGCGAGAUGCUGAUGAUGGAGCUCAAUCGUCUGGUCCAGAAGACGGUGAGGGACAGCAGCUGGUGGGAGAGGCGAGGACUUGACUGCACCAUCCUGGCACUGGCUUUCAUUAGCCUGCCUGCAGCGUUCCUGCUCCUGUCCUCGUCUCAGGUGGUCUGGUUCCUGUUGGGUUUGUUCCUGAUGGGGUUCGCUCAUGCGGUGAUCACAGUAAAAGGAACUCACCUGGCCAGUCACGGAGCUCUGAGCGAAUCAGCGGCGUGGUCCGAGUUCUGGGCCGUCUUCUUCAUCGAGGUGUGUGGUGCCUUCACAGCGAGGGCAGGUAUAAAAGCUCAUAUAAAGAUGCAUCACGCUCACACUAAUGUGAUCGGAUUGGGAGAUUCCAGCACGUGGAAGAUCCCAUUCUUACCCCGCAGUGUUUACCUGUUCAUCGCCCCUCUCGCUGUACCCAUCAUCACCCCCGUAGUGGCCAUGGGCCAGUUGAAGGGACAGCCGGUGUUAACAGCAGUGCGUACAAUGGUGUGUGUGUGUACAGGUGUGUGUUCUCAGUACGCGCUCUUACGGUGUGUAUCAGGGUUGGAGUUUAGUUCAGCACUGCUGGUCAUGCUGCUGAGCAGGGCCAUGUUCUCCAUCCCUUACAUCCACGUCAACAUCUUCCAGCACAUCGGGCUGCCGAUGUUUUCUCAGACUCGACGGCCGAAGCGAAUCUACCAGAUGACCCACGGAGUUCUAAACCUGCCCCGGAACUUCCUGCUGGACUGGACCUUCGGCCACUCGCUCAUCAACUGCCAUGUGGAGCAUCAUCUAUUCCCCAUGCUCUCCGAUAACAUGUGUCUGAAGGUGAAGCCGAUAGUCUCUCGGUACCUGAAGCUGAAGUCGUUACCAUAUCAGGAGGAUGGGUACAUGUCUCGCCUCCAUCUCUUCUUCCAUAAAUACCAAGAACUGAUGGUGUUUGCUCCUCCGAUCACAGAGCUGGUGGGGGUGCAGUGAUGGAGAACAUGCUUUUAUUAUUCUUCAUUUGAUUUACAGUCACAUGUUCUUCCCAAACUUUACUGAGAGACAGAACACACCACUGCUUCCUCAUACACCUCAGUACAGUAUGUGUGUGUGUAACAGAAUAAAUAUCAUUAUAAAUAUGCAAGCUAGGCUAAUUAGCCAUCACUGAGCUACAAGCUAAUUCAUUAUGAAAACUGCAGCUUAGCAAUAAAAAGGUUUAAACUCUAAUCACUUACGUCUCUGCUGCUCCACACUGUGGCAUUAAAGAGCAAAGCAAUAUAUGUAAAUAUUAGCAUUUUAGCUUUAGCUUUAGCUUAGCUCUUUGGCUUAAAGCUAGCAAAUACACAAAAAUGCACAAAGAUCCAUAUACAGUAGAUGCACUAUGUGGGUAUGCAAUCACUGAUUGUGGCUUUAUACAUUUUGACAAACCUGGUGCAGCGGCUGCAAGCCUAAUACAUUAUUACAGCAUGAGGUUCACUAAUGGAAGGGGUACAGGGUCGUGUACAGGGUCGUGUACAGAAGUAAAGUGUGUUUAGCAACAGAUAGGUCUCAGUCAGUAAUUGAAUACCCGCAAUGUGCAUCUAUGUGGUAGGUGCGGCUCAUAAAAUGGACAGUAAAUGUAUGUAAAAGAAGGAUAAAUGUAAAUGAGUCUGUAUCAGAAUGUACAGUUUGAAUGUUGUAUUAAUAGUGAUGUCACAUUAAUUUUCAGUUAAAACACUGCUUACAAUCUUUAAUAAACAUGAUGUGUAAAACAAAA